AGAGAGCAUUAGCAGUCCAGAUUAUAUACUCCAGCUCUCAUUGCAAGUCCAUGCCAGACUGAGUGAGGUAUGCCGUAUAGUAGAACAGCUGGUCUGGAGUGUGGUAUGCCCUUGCCUUGAUUGAGAACAGCAACACACUCCUCUCCCUCUCUCCUUCUGUUAAUCUUCCUUGACAUGCUUCCGUGAAGUCCAUGGUGCACAUCGAGCAUUGAGAGACGCGGGACCAGAAUACAACUCUGCCUAUGCUCAAUUCGGAGGGAAAGCUUAACAGCACUGGUGAAUACCUAACCCAUCACAGCCAUGGGACCACCACGCCUACAAAACUCUCCAAGAGAGAGUCACUUAAGGCGCAAAAGAAGAAUUACAGAAGGGAGAAGAAGAGAGUGACCAAGGAACUCCUUUCAGCUCUCAAAGAUCCAUCUAUUAUUGUGAUGGCAGAUUACAUGAAGGUGAGAGGGAGUUGGAAAGGAUGGACCAAGCUAUGGUGUGUGUUGAAACCAGGUCUACUCGUCAUCUACAAGAGCCCAAAGCAUGGGCAAUGGGUUGGGACGAUCCUGCUUAAUAACUGUGAGCUGAUAGAGAGACCAUCCAAGAAAGACGGCUUCUGUUUUAAGAUCUAUCAUCCACUGGACCAGUCUAUAUGGGCAACCAGGGGACCUAAAGGUGAGACGAUGGGCUCCUUCACGCAGCCUCUUCCCGGCAGCUAUCUGAUCUUCCGGGCUCCGUCUGAGUCCGAUGGAAAGUGCUGGAUGGAUGCCUUGGAGCUUGCCCUGCGAUGCUCUAGUCUCCUGAUGCGAUCCAUGAGGGACGAUUCAGCGCUGACGAUGGAGAAGAGAAUGGACGAUAGCGAGAUUGAGAACAAACAUUUCAAACAUGAAGGUCUCGAUGAGGAUGACUUGGAGAACGAGCGAGUGAAGGACAGUGAUAGUAAGAGUGAAUCAGAAGCUUCCGAGGUGGAGGAGCUUGCCCCGUUGGAAGUCGCUCAGCAGGACACAAAAGAAACAACCUACGUGCCGGUGGCUUCAGAAGAUCUUUGCCUUAAUAUUUCCCAGACGGAGACCCUAGCAGAGGAGAACAAGAGUCUGAUCUGGACCCUGAUGAAGCAGGUCAGACCUGGGAUGGAUCUAUCACGCGUUGUCUUGCCAACCUUUGUCCUGGAACCUAGAUCUUUCCUCGACAAGCUCUCAGAUUUCUACUUCCAUGCUGACAUCAUUGCCAGAGCUGUACAAGAAGAUGAUGCAUUCUCCAGAAUGAAGGAAGUAGUCCGGUGGUAUCUAUCGGGAUUCUACAAGAAACCAAAGGGUUUGAAGAAGCCGUACAAUCCUAUCAUAGGAGAAACAUUCCGUUGUUUAUGGGAACACCCCAAGACCAAAACAAGGACAUUCUACAUAGCUGAACAGGUAUCCCAUCACCCUCCAGUGACGGCUUUCUACAUCACAAACAGGAAGGAAGGCUUCUGUAUCAGUGGAAGCAUCCUAGCCAAGAGCAAGUUCUACGGGAACUCGGUCUGUGCCGUCAUGGACGGUGUCGGUAAACUCAUGCUGCUAGGGCGGGGCGAGGACUAUCUCAUCACAAUGCCCUAUGCAAACUGUAAAGGUAUUCUUUACGGCACAUUAACAAUGGAGUAUGGUGGCAAGGUGACGCUGGAAUGUGAGAAAACUGGCUACAGGACAGAGAUUGAAUUCAAACUCAAGCCAUUCCUAGGAGGGAGCGAUUCAUCCAAUCAGAUCAACGGCAAGAUCAAGUUUGGCAAAGAAACCCUGGCAACACUCAGUGGAAAAUGGGAUGAGGAAGUGUACAUCAAGGAUAAGAGAACAGAGAAUUCUGAGUUGUUUUGGGCAGUGACCUCGGAAGUGAAGAACAGCAGAUUGAAGAGGUCAACGGUCAUGUUUGAUGAACAGGCAGAGAAUGAAUCAGAGAGGUUAUGGAGCCAUGUGACGGCUGCGCUGGGUAAAGGAGAGGUCCAUGAAGCCACCAAAGAGAAGUACAUCUUAGAGGAGCAGCAGAGGAACGGGUUCAAGGAGAGGAAGAUCAAGAUGGUGGAAUGGGUUCCUAAGCUCUUUGAGAGGGAUGACAUCACAAGUGAUUGGAUCUAUAAACACAUGGAUACGAGACCAUGGGACAUCCUUAAUGACAUUGAGCAGUUUGAGUUGGAUGGUGUUAUACAGACCAGAACUAGACAUAGAACACAGAUAGUAAGAACAACCAGUAUUGUGAGCAUACCAAACAGAAGGAAUGGACCAACAAAACAAAGGUUGAAGCGCAACGCAUCUCUGACGCAUGCCCGUAAUAAGAAGAAGCAAGGUAGAGCACGUAUCGGUAGCGGAUCACCCGACCCAGCGAGCGGAGAAAGUGAAGAUUCAUACGCAGAACAUUCAGAUGUAACCGAAAAUGAAGAUGAAGCCAGUACUACACUGCCCUCUAGAGUCCGAGUAGAGGACAUCAUCGGUCCGAUCAGAGAGGGCUCUGAACAGGUCCAGAAGGAACUCAAGACAAUCAACAGUAGACUAGCGUUCAUGGUCCAACAGCAAUCUAAUUCACGUGCUUCCAGCGGCGCCCUCUCUCGGUUCGAUUGGUUCAUACUGGCCGCUUUUAUGGUCCUAGGUCAGAUCGUCUCUGCGUUCUUCUUCAGAUCGUGAGGCGGGAUGUUUUGGUGCUGUCCUGUGCUUUAUUGUCGAUGUGGAUUUUAUUGAUGAGAUGACAGAGCAUCUUGGCUUCAUGUAAGAGCAUAAGACGGAUGUGGCUUCUGAUAUAUCAAAAAAGGCCAGUUUAGCAAUGUAUUCCAAUGUAUGGCUUCGUUUCCGAGAACACCUGGACAACUUAUAAUUUAUUCAUUUUCUUUAUGCUCUUACUUUGGAAUUGAAACCUUACAAUUAAUAAUGAUUAUGUAAAGAUAAGAAUGUAAUGGUAUGCAUGUCUCCUGUGAGUGCAUUCAGGCUUGUACUAUGGUGUAUGUUUUGCUUGAGCUGCCAAUUCACAUGAGGUGUUUUUUGUUUAAGAUUGCAUUGCAAACAGUCUGUUGAAAACAAGAAGUGUAUUAUUAAUAUUCUUAUACAUUGAGUUAACGCCCUGUUGGCUCUAAAGUCGUUCUAAAGAGUCACAUAUUGAGGCUGUAUAACCAUCACUUAUUGAAUAUGGUUAUCAAAACAACUGGCUUGUACAAACAUAGAGAUUAAUUUAUUGAUUGAUGAUUCUCAAAUGGUUGCUGGAUUUUGGGUGAUAAAAUCAUUUUAAAUAUAGGACACUAUUCAUGUAUAUUAUAUAGGUAGUUCAGGGUGUUUCAAGAAUUUAUUUUCUAUAGCCACGGUAAAACUUGCCAAGUGUGAAAGAGAACCAAUGCAGAAAUGAUGUUCCUGUGCCACAUGACAUUUAUCAUGGAAUAGAUAUAUCAAAGGCUUCAGGAUUUACUGUGUCCAGUGCAAGACUAGUCGAUACAAGUGUUAUAAGGCACUGAACAAAACGGACAAAGAAAGAGGACAAAAUAUACAGUUCCUCAUUCUACCCUCAACAAUUGCUGUGGUAGACAAAGGAACA